AUGCCCGUCCAAUCUAAACCCAUCACGACCUGCCAGGACACUCGCGCGUCCAAGGCCGAGCACCGCCGCGCCAACCAGGCAGAACAAAAGAGCAACGUUGUUGUCCAAGAGGUCGAAGUCGAAGUCGAAUCCGACAUGAGCCCGACCGAGCGUGCCAGGUUGGAAAUCAUGGCGAAAGUGGCAUUGGCAUUGCUCGAGAUGAUGGAGGGCCAGAAGAAGGGAGGAGCAACCAAGGAGAAGGAGACGUAG